GGAGCCCCUUUGUUCCUUUGUUCGCUAAGUAUAAUUACAUGCACAUCACAUGCGGCUCAUGUUUAACUAGACCAGAUGCUCACAAGAUGCUUGUGUGAUUAACAAACCGGUCGCUCACAUCUUGCCACCGGUGCUACUAAGUAGUACUAACGAUGGGGUCGUUCACGAACGCCGGCUCCGCGCCAGCCCCAUCCGCGGCGAGGCCGCACGUCGUGCUGCUGGCCAGUCCCGGCGCCGGCCACCUCAUACCGCUGGCCGAGCUUGCGCGGCGGCUCGUGGAGCACCACGGCUUCGCAGCCACGAUCGUCACCUUCAGCGGCCUCUCCGACUCAGAAGCCCUCCCCAGCGGCAUCCUUGACUCCGCCUCCACCGUUGCGCUCCCUGCCGUCAAGAUCGACGACCUCCCCGCCGACGCCCUCCGCGGCAGCCUGCUCGUGGAGCUUAUUCAGCGCUCCCUCCCAAGCCUCGGCACCCUGCUCCGCUCCAUGGGCUCCACCACCCCGCUCGCCGCGCUGGUGCCGGAUUUUUUCUGCUCCGCGGCGCUGCCCCUCGCCGUCGAGCUCGGCGUCCCGUGCUACGUCUUCGUCCCCAGCAGCCUCACCAUGAUCUACCUGAUGCGCCGCAUCGUGGAGCUCCACGACGACGCGGCCCCUGGCGAAUACCGCAACCUCCCGGAGCCUCUCGAGAUCCCCGGGGGCUUGUCGCUGCGCCGCGCAGAGCUUCCGGUCCCGUAUCGCGACUGCAACGGUCUGGCUUACGCGCAACUGCUCCGGGGAGGCCGGCGAUACCGCCGUGCCGACGGUUUGUUGAUGAACACCUUCUACGAGAUGGAACCUGCCAUGGUGGAAGAGUUCAGGCAGGCGGCGGAGCAAGGCACGUUCCCACCGGCGUUCCCCGUGGGGCCGUUCGUCCUGUCAAACUCCGACGAGGAAACCGGCGCGUCGGCCAUCCUAGAGUGGCUGGACCGCCAGCCGGCAAGGUCGGUGGUGUACGUCGCGUUCGGAAGCGGCGGAGCGCUGUCUGUGGAGCAGACGGCCGAGCUCGCCGCCGGGCUAGAGGCGAGCAGCCAGAGGUUCCUCUGGGUGGUGCGGAUGCCGAGCCUGGAUGGCCGCACGUGUGUCUUCGGGACCGGCGGCGGCGACGACGACCCGUUGGCGUGGCUUCCCGAGGGCUUCCUGGAGAGGACGAGGGGCAGAGGCCUCGCCGUGCCGGCCUGGGUGCCGCAGGUGCGCGUCCUGUCCCACCCGGCGACGGCGAUCUUCGUGUCGCACUGCGGGUGGAACUCGGUGCUGGAGAGCGCGGCGUCCAGCGUGCCGAUGGUCGCGUGGCCGCUUUACGCGGAGCAGAGGAUGAACGCCGCUCUGCUGGAAGGGGCCCUCGGGGUGGCGCUGCGGUCGAGGGCGCGAGAGGACGGCGGCGCCGUGGCGCGCGAGGAAGUCGCGGCCGCGGUGAACGAGCUCAUGGAGGGGGAGAAUGGACUCGUCGUGCGGCGCCGGGCCGAGGACCUGCAGCGAGCGGCGGCACGCGCGUGGUCGCCGGAUGGUUCGUCCCGCCGGGCGCUGGAGGAUGUCGCCGCCAAGUGGAGGGCGGCGCUUGGCGCGGGCAGUUGAGGCACGUACACUCGUGACUGCACGAACUGCGCAUGGCACCCCCCUGCCAGUUCAUUUCGAAUUUUAUUAGUAACCAGUAAUAAUCCUGAUGAUUUUCGCCUCGUUAUGCACCCACCCCUCUCCUCCGCUGCCUCCACGGCGGCCGGAGCCCAAGAUCCACCUUCAAGCCCCAACCACCGCUCCCCUGCCGAUGCUGCAUCUCUCCUGCAGCUACUGGCAUCCCCGCUGGCCGGCCUAUCCUCGGCGUCCCCUUGCCUGCGUAAAGAUGCGGACCUGGUGGAGAUCCCCUCUCCAGAUCUCCCCUCGGCCACCAUUUUGGGUACGAUUCAAAGCCGUAUCCCGCCAGCGGCAGUGGAAUCUUGCCCUGCUUCGGCUCCGGCCGCACAACCCAGGCUGCGCUCGCUGAUCGUCGCGCCUGACGGUUGGGCUGCGCCCUCCUCGGUGGGUUGCUGCGCCGCGCCGCGCCUCCAUUCCAUUAUUGUGGCACCAGAGGGUGGGUUGCUGCCUGAUGCCGCUCUGCCUGCCGCAGCUGGGCAGCAGCCUGCUACUGGAUCCGGCGAUGCUGCUGCCGAGGAUAGCUCCCUUGGAUGGCAACAAGUGCGCUCCAGGAAGGAGAAGCGCAAUCCGCAGGCCCCCGUUUUGGGAGAUCCGCGGCAGGGGCGACAGGGCCGGCGUGCUCCGCCCUCUGAUCCCAUGGCUUUGAAGCAGCAUCUCGCGUUUAAGGCUAGACUCCGCGGCAAAUGUUUUCGCUGCCUGUCAAAGCGCCAUCGCCUUGCUGACUGCCGUGAACCUCUCCGCUGCAUUCGGUGCAAGGGCAUUGGCCACUUUGCGCGUACUUGCUCUGCUUCCCUCCCCUAGCCACCACCCCCGCCCGCUCGCAAGCCAUCCGAGCCCUCCGCCCUCCCCCCGCCGGUAGGCAUCUUCAGGCUCCUACUCCGCCGUCCCGGCUGGCUCUGUCCACCGUUCUGCGGCACGCUGUUCGGCCCAACCAGUUAGUCCAGUGCGGGGAGACCAGCCUGCUCUCUCUGCUGCCCGUGAUGCGCCUGUCUCGAUGGCCUCCCCAAAACUGCAGUUCCAAGCCCCCUCCUUCACGCAUGCUGCUUCAGUGCCAGGGCUGCCUUCAGGCUUAGCUGUUUCAGGCUGCUGGAAGAACUUUGAGAUCGGUGAGGCAAGCGGUGCUGCGCCUUGCUUGCAGCGACACUCCAACCUUUCCCCUCUGGAGGAGGUGCUUGCUGCGGCCUCUGCUUCUGGACAGAACCACGGGCUGGGUUGUGAGUCCGCCACUGCAGCUUGGCACGCAUCUACCGAGGCUGUAUUCAGCUCCUUUGGGGACCUUGGGAUGUCCAUGUCAGGCAACCAUCAGCGCUGGCAGCCGUGUGACAGGUCGGGGCAACUUCAAGAGCUGGGAUCUCCAACUGUACAGCGGCAACGGGAGCUUGGGAGGAAUCCGCUGCACCUCCCAGUUGCCCCUGCCUCCUGGGAUCGAGCAACCACAGCUGCCGCCUCUCUGCAGGCCAAGUUCAACAACGGUGGUGGCCAGGUGCACCCCGUGAACAGUUGGGAGGCAUAUGUGGCUAGAACCCCUGCUAUUGAUUUCUCUGCUCUGCAAGGAGAAGAGCUCGAUGAGCUACACGGCCUCACGCAUGACGAGCAAGAGGCCCAGGGAGGAGGAGGAGUUUGUUUACAGUAGGAAGAUUGGCUUAUGACCUGGUGCAUACCUGCAUGGAUGGAACCGGAACCAAACUUGGUAGUUGAAAUAAUUCUCUGCCUUAAUUCAUGGAGGACCCUACAUCUAAAGGUAACAGAGCAGUUUAUAUCAUAAUUCCAUUGCUGGAUUUCUAGAAGAAUGAAAAAGGGAGAAAUGGUUGUUUCAUUUGGUGUGCGGAUCUGGUUUAAAGUGUGCGUGCUUAUAUCUGGAAGAUCUUGGUUGCAAAAGUAUAUUAGGAAGAUCUUGGUUGCAAAAGUGAUCAGAUAUACUCCUCGGUACCAAAAUAUAAGACGUAUUCUUCAGUUCAAUUGAAUUGCAAAAAUGUCUUGUAUUUUCGUACGGAGGGAGUAAUAGUCAACACAACCAGGUUGGUUCUGUAAUUAAAUGCCUAUGAUCUUGUAAUUCUGAAUCAAAUAGUUUGAUUACACAAAGAAUGAUAUUUACUUUGUGUAAGAUCUUGUAAUUCUGAACCAGUUAAUUCUGAAUCAAAUAUUUUUUCUACUA